ACACAACUUCGUCAUAGGUACGUUGUAACAAUUCUGGGUUGGAAUGUUUUAAAUUUCGCGGUCGUUCUCGAAGAUGGCAGUAGUAAUGUUCCGGUUUUAACUCUGUGGCAGUGGAUGUGACGUUUCAACAACAACUGAUCAUGGUAGUCAUCGAACUUUGGCAGCAUUGUUUGGAAUAGUUUGACGUGUUCCACUGAAAUAAGCAGAAAAAUGAAAGUGUUUCUUAUUAUGAGUGAAACAUAAAUAUUGUGUGUUGAAGAUCUGCGUUAUAAAAAUGCCUCUGUAAUCUCUGUGUUAUAUGACGGCAAUUUGCAAAAUACAAAAUGCUUCCAAGAGGACGAAAAUUCGGCAAUGAGACUCUUGAUGUUGCAAAUAAGGGAUGUUUUGAUUCCUUUGAUACUUUGGCAUGCAUUCGUACGACUGUAUUAGCAGCAGCUGCAGUCAUUACAUUGAUAUUUGUUAUUUUGAAGAUAGUCAAAUACCAUGUUUACAGACAUCCCCAAAUGCAUCAUUAUGCCAUCUUCUAUGUAUCAGCAGUUGAAUGCCUGGUGUGUGGUGCAAGUUUUAUGGUAGGCAGUCUUUACCCACAGCUGGACUUUACAGCAUGUUUUUUGAAGCUCCUGCAGUUUACAAUUAUCUGCCAUCUACAUUGGUCACUGGCAGCAAAGACACUUCGUCGAGAAGACAUAGUUCAGCACGUGAUCAACCCUGUGUUGUGUCUGUACAUUCUGUACUGCACUACAGUAGCGCUGAUGGGUAUGGUUGAUGUCACCGGAACCUGGACAGAGUGUAUGCGUCCAUAUUGGUUCAUGCUGUCAAUAGCAGACUUUGCUAUAGUUCAGCUCUUUACGGUGGCUGCUGUCUAUGUGACUCAUAGAACUGAAGGUAUUUCUUCAUUGGCUUCAUUUAAGAGUCCGCAAAGAAGAGAUCUUUGGAGUGUCAUUAUGGUCUAUGAAUUCUCAGCUCUUGUUGCUGUAGCAUUUGAUGCCGUUGCCAGGUUCGUUGGCUCCGAGAAAGAUGGCUGCAGUGCCCUGUUUGCUCAUACGCAGUACUUCUACUCAUUGAUUAUCGCUGUGUUCAUGGUGUCAAAGUUUUUAGUUCCCACGUGGACAGUUCUGUGUGUGUUCCAGCCAGUGGAAGGGGACACACAUAAUUCAGAGGUAGCCCUUGCUAGCAGAUACAACCUGGAUGGCAUACCAGACUCUGUGUCUUCCUCAAUCCGAGGUUAUCACCAGUAUCGACGAAUGUUCAUACCUUCUGAACAUGAUAUUGCCAAUAUAAAUGGCAUUCCUCGUCUUCCUUAUGUGUCUGAAUUCACUUCCUUACAUGGUGAGUAUGCCUUCCCAGAAGUCUCCCCUGAAUCUCCUACUUCGGACGGACCGAAGAAGAAAGUUAUCAUAAGCAAGUCAAACGGGAGUGUGACAGCUACUGGGCUAUCAACGAUUAGUGAAGAAUCAGGUAACAUUUCUGUAGUUGACAGCCCAUUGGAGGGCUCCCUGAAAAGUGGUUAUGGUGGUAAUGAGACUCCUAGGCUGCAGUAUCGAAACUAUAAUUGUUAAAGAAAAUUCAGUGUCUGUGAUUAAGUGAUAAGACAUUUUUUUGAUAUUCUGGUCUCUGUUGGGUGACAUAAAUGUGAACAAAAAAAUCUAGUGCCAAAAUAACUUGAUGACGUAGGACGAGACGCUAUUUUGAUUGUAUAUUGUGUUACCCUUAUUUAAUAUGUCAAUUUACCUGCUGUUGUUUCUGUUGCAACUGUGGGCUGAAAACUUUCUGUAGGAAUGCAUCUCUGCCUGUGGUAUGGGAGUCAGUGGAAAGGAAGGUUUUAUAUUUUGGAAUUUCGUGGUACAGACAACUCUUCAAGGACACAUCUAUAAUGCAGGGGAAUUUUGUGUAUAGUAUCUUACAAGCAAAGACGUCUGUUAGAUAUGUUGGACAGUGAACAGAGCCCAUAAAAAUAUGCAGUCACGAAAUCCAAGUUCAAAGUAAGUCUGGAAAUUCUAUCAAAAAGAUUAUCCUGGAGUAUGCUAAUAUCAAUCAAAAACUGCCCAGAAUAUAAACUGACAGCAAUCAUUGUACCUGGACUAUGUGUAAAGUUAAGCACUAAUCAUGUACUACAAAGCAUAUAUACAGUAUGCUGCCAGUUGUCUGUGUUAAUGAAAGGGGAAUUAUGCAUGUAUAAUUUAAAAUGAAGAUCUUUCGUGGAAAUUUGGAAAUGACUGUGUAGUGUCUGAUCUGGCAAAACAUAAAAUCUUUUAUUCUUUCAACUUUUGUUCAAAAUAUUUUUGACUUUGAUUAAUAUUCAACAGACUCUGCUUGAGAUAUUUUUUUUUUAUUUAAUUAAUAGCUUAUUUACAAUCUACUCUCAAUAAUAUGGAGUAAAUUUGUUCUAAAUAGGUGUCUUGAGUAGAGAAGUCAAGUAUGCAUAGGAAUGCAUGCAAAAUUUCAUGUAAAAUGUUUGUAAAAAUUAUCCAGCCCAAGUGGAAACUAAUAUUGACUGACAGUUCUUCAUAAUAUGUUUAUUGCUGUCUGAGAUGCAAUGUCAUGCAGUUCUGCAGAAGUCCACUGAUGUUUCAGAGAAAAUUUACUGCUUCCAUCUGUGGCGAUGAAGAGUAAGCCAAGCAAGCAGCCAUCGAGAAGCAGCAAGCAAGCAUAGCAAAUUAUGUAUCAAAAACUAAGUCAGAUAAGGUAAGGCUGUGCCAUAGCUCAAGCGGUUAUUCGCUGGCUUCCCACUGUGGUGGCCUGGGUUCGAUCCCGGGGCU